AUGUUACACUUGAGGCUGCUCGUCGCGUCGCUGUCGUUGGCAGCGGCGAGCUGGGCACUGCACGAAUCCGACGUCGGCGUGGUCGACUGGCACUCCAGACUCGUCGGCGUUCCACUCAAAACCAACUUUCAUGGCGAUCUCAUUCUCGCAACGACAGCCAGCAACGUCUUCGCUGCAAUCAAUGCUGCAGACGGUUCAUUAGCAUGGAGGAGCAUCCACGACGACGACGACCCCAUCAGGGCAUUUGACGUGUACGACGACUCAAACGUCGCAUUACUCUCUGGGCCUGGUGGAUCCACUCUACGCACGUAUAACACAUCCACAGGCCACCUUCUCCUCGAACGUCGUCUCCACAGCCUUCCUCGCGCUGAAACACACGAAGUACAACACACAGCAAUCACAACAAGGCGGAUUUCGGUCGAAGGGAGCACCGCGAUCUUUGCGCUCACCAAUGGCCACACGGUCAGUCGUAUAGACGGCCAGUCUGGCGAUGUUGCAUGGACAUGGAAUUCUCCAGACAAUGGGACGCUCGUGGUGUACUCCCACAUUCGUACCACGCCAGACACUGUCUAUGCGAUCGGUCUCGCCAGGUCCGAGGCAGCAUACACUCUGCACGUCACCACUUUAUCCAUAGACAACGGAUCCACCAUUGCAUCUGUCAACAUCCCUGCAAAUCUUCCAAAGGACACGCCCGGUUUUGUUCUCCUUGACACGCCCAUGACGGCAGAAAUCGCACCAGGACUUUGUCUGACAUGGCUGGAGUCGUCCUCAAUCAGAGCAGCGGUGCUCACUCCAGGACUAAAAGGCCAGGUCCAGAUUCUACCCGGUGUGAACUACACACAUAUCCGAGACAUCGGACUCACCGGGGCGGGCCAGUUUAUCGCAUUCACACAGGACGGGUCUGCCCAUGUCAUGAGGUACGACGGAGAGUCUUUACGACCGAUGUGGGAAUUCGCCGACGUGGCACCGUCCCAGACGCACAGCGAGUCGCAUUUUGCAGGGAGCUUUGGUGAGAACGGCGAACCUCGCAUUGUGAGAGUAUAUUGGUCGCACGCGAAUGGUCAAGCAAUCCAUCAGACGUUCACCCCGCGUCUUUCUGAUGGCACAGGACAAGUAACGGGAUACGCAUUUCCAUUCCCAACACACGGACACGGUGUAAUUCGACACGUUACCUUCGACGGACGAUCCGAUGACACUCAAGAGACCACGCGAUUUCUACUGGCGACGUCAACAGGUACCCUUCAGUUAUGGAAACACAAUGUUCUGCAGUGGUCCCGCGAGGAAGCGCUCUCGACCAUCCGCGUUGCUGCUUUCGUACCUUUACCUCAGCCAAGUGCAUCUAGCAGCCCGUCCACCGGAUCGACCAGCAUAUCCGGUACUCUCCUAACCUGCAUUCAACGAUUCUCUGAGAGUAUCCUACAGCACUUGUACACGUACACCUUGGGCCCGAUCAUCCGUGAAGACGGACCAAUGCAUAGUUCUGAUGCACCUUCCACUCUCCACAGUGACCGGUUUGGAUUCCGCCAAGUGAUUGUUGCGGCAACAACGGAAGGCGUUUUGUACGGCCUCGACUCGAGCAAUGGAAGAGUAAUCUGGAGGCGCUUGUUUGGGUUGGGUUGGGCUUCUGGCAGUGUGGGAGGGAGAGUUUUACCCGUGAAGAUGUAUGUUGUACCUUCGAAAUCGGGAACUCUGGGCGAUUCCAGCGGUAAGGAAGAGGAGACGAUGAAGCAGACUGUUGUACUGGUGACGCAGAGACGGGCGCAUAAUAGCCUUGUGGAUACGGUCGUAUUUGAGGUGGACCCAUUAACCGGCGAUGAUGUACGCCCUGUCGAAGAUGGUGAGGGCGACUCCCCUCGCUCAAGGUAUGGUCCGUUGGAGGGGACGGAUGUGAUACAGGGUCCGAUGAUCGAAUCAUUUGUUGUUCCUGAUGGGCAGGGGACUGUUGCGAUGUUGGAUGAGUUUUUGCAGGUCCAGCUAUACCCAGAUACUCCAGCUACCCGCGAGUCCUUGGCACGUUUCGCGCCUUCCCUACACCUUGUCCUCUCUGCACGCACGUCUCCUACCUCGCGGCCCGAGGUGAACAGCAACAACGACGAACUAUCGACACGCACACAACUCGUCGGACACCGUCUCGGCUUCAACGACGACGUUUCCACCGUACACGUCGCAUAUCCCACGUGGCGGAUUACCCUUGGCUCUGGCGAAACGAUCCGGGAAACGAUUCUGAACGGGAACGCGGGUCGAGAGGCACCGGUUGUCGGGAAGGUUCUGGGAGACCGGAGGACGCUGUAUAAGUACUUGAAUAGGCAGUCUGAGGGUCGUGUUGACCGAAGCGAAGGGAACGUGGGUUUACCCGCCCCCGAGGGAAGAUGCGACGACGUCCACGCUGUGCUCGUUGAUCAUUGGUUGGUGUACUCGUAUUACGAGGAUAGAACUGAUGUAGACUACGGCCAUGGGCAUGGGAUGGAAGGCGGUGGUACGAAGGGGUGGAGGAUCGUUUCGGUGGAAAUGUAUGAGGGGAAGAAGCCGGAUGAUGUGACGCGCAGCUCGGAGUUAUCGUCUUACUCAAACGCUACAACCGAUAUUACGACGUACGAGCAGGCGUAUCUUAUACCGUACGGUGUCACCGCGCUUUCGACGACAUCGACCCGCCUCGGUGUGACUCUCAAGAAUCUGAUAAUGGCAAGCCGUAGACACGCCGUGUAUUCCGUCCACCGGAGACUUCUGAAUGCACGAAGACCCCUUGGCAAGGCGUCGCCGUCUGAGGCCGAAGAAGGACUCAUCGCGUAUGAUGCUGUACUUCCGGAUGAUGCUCGGUUUGCGCUGUCGCAUAAUUACGAGGUUGCCAACGUCCGCCAAAUCAUUAGCGCACCAUCCCGGCUCGAAUCUACGUCUCUCGUUCUCGCGAUCGGCCUUGACCUCUUCCUAACGCGCGUCUCUCCGUCGGGGACGUUCGAUGUUCUUUCGGAGAGUUUCAACAAGGCGCAGUUGGUGCUGACAAUCGGGGGUCUUGCGCUUGCGAUUGGGCUCGUGAGACCUGUGGUGAGGAGAAGGCAGUUCGAGGGCAAGAUGGUAUUCGGGGUAGGAUAGAUGGAUACCCGGAUAGGGCGUAGGCGUUUGUUUGUAGAGGCACUCCUAAUUUAUGUACCGCACCAGUGACUUCGGGUUACCAUGAUGCUGGUGGCUGUUUGUGUCGGAUUGCACUACUCGGAAGCCCCUUGCAAUGUAAAAUGUAUAGGC